UUCUCAUGUCCUCAAAAAACAGGUUAUGUGCUCAUGGUGGUUUAGGAAUAGGAAUUAUCCAUCACUCUCACUCUAGCUGUGCCACACCUCGUCUCUCCCCCCGGCACCGUUCACUCAGAUCUCAGCCAAUCAGCCAUGGAGGCGGCACCUACCCCAGCGCCGGCGCCGCACGUGCUCGUCGUCCCCUUCCCAGCGCAGGGCCACGCGCUGCCGCUCCUCGACUUCGUCGCCCUCCUCGCCACGCGCGGCCUCCGUCUCUCCGUCGUCACCACCCCAGCAAACCUCCAACUCCUCUCCCCUCUCCUCGCCGCGCACCCCGCCGCCGUCCGCGCCGUCACCUUCCUGUUCCCCUCCCACCCGGCCCUGCCCCCAGGCCUCGAGAACACCAAAGGCUGCGGUCCGGGGCAGUUCCCCACCUUCAUCCACGCUUUCGCCAAGCUGCGCGAGCCCAUCCUCGCGUGGGCCAGGGCGCAGCCCGAUCCCGUCGUCGCCGUCGUGGCCGACUUCUUCUGCGGAUGGACUCAGCCGCUGGCCCGCGAGAUCGGCGCCGCGGGAAUCGUAUUCUCGCCGUCCGGCGCCCUCGGCACCGCCGUCAUGCACUCGAUCUUCCGCCGCCUGGUUAGGCGGCCUGGGGACAGCGACGAUGGGUUCACCGUCGCGUUCCCUGCGAUUCCAGGCGAGCCGUCGUUCCAGUGGAGAGAGCUCUUGAUGAUGUACGCGAACUACAUGGCCGGCAAACUGGAAGAGCAGGUCGGCGAGUCGGUGAGGCAGAACUUCCUCUGGAACCUGCAGGAGAGCUGGGGGUUCGUGUCCAACACGUUCAAGGCGCUCGAGGGGAGAUACCUGGACCAGCCGCUCGAGGACCUGGCCUUGAAGCGCGUCUGGGCGGUGGGCCCCGUGGCUCCGGACACGGACGCCGCCGGCGCCCGCGGCGGGGAGGCAGCUGUCGGGGCUGCCGAUCUCAUGGCGUGGCUGGACGCGUUCCCGGAAGGUUCGGUCGUGUACGUGUGCUUCGGGAGCCAGGCGGUGCUGACCCCGGCCGUGGCGGCGGCACUGGCCGAGGCCCUGGAGCGCAGCGCCGUGCCGUUCGUGUGGGCUGUGGGCGGCGGCGUGGUCCCGGACGGGUUCGAGGCGCGCGUCGCGGGACGCGGGCUGGUGGUGCGCGGGUGGGCGCCACAGGUGGCGGCGCUGCGGCACGCGGCGGUGGGGUGGUUCAUGACGCACUGCGGCUGGAACUCGACGCUGGAGGCGGUGGCCGCGGGGGUGCCCAUGCUGGCGUGGCCCAUGACGGGCGACCAGUUCUUCGACGCGCGGCUGCUCGUGGACGAGGCCCGCGUCGCGGUGCGCGCGUGCGCGGGCGGCAUCGGCUUCGUCCCCGACGCGGGCGAGCUCGCCUCCGUGCUGGCCGACGCGACCGGGGAGAAGGGGCGCGACAUGAGGGCGCGCGCCAAGGAGCUCGCGGCGGAGGCCGCGCGCGCGGUGAAAGAAGGCGGGAGCUCGUACGCGGAUUUGGAGGGGUUGGUGCAGGAGAUUCGGAGGCUUCGGUGAGCUGAAUUCAGGCGGAUUGUCAGGACUGGACUAACACAUUGGCAUUGUUUCAGCUGCAACUAUCUUCAGGAAAUAAAAAGCAGAUAUCGGUUGAGAAAAA